AUGGGCUCUGGUGACGGUUUCAUGAAGAUCGCCCUGUUGGUUGGCACUUUUGUAUUUUCGCAGGUGCAGCCUCUUCCAACUUGUACCAUUGAUGAUGCAGAUGCAGGUGAACUAAGGGAAGACAUUCCUGAGAUCAAUAGAGGGUUAAAAAACCUCUUUGAGGGAGACAUUGCUGGUGAUCCCAGCAGAAAUGCAAUCCUUGAUGAAACAAGAAGAUGGAAAUUUCCUAUCCCAUAUAUCCUAAUGGAUUCUUUAGAGCUGAAUGCUAAAGGUGUAAUCCUGCAGGCUUUUGAGGAGUACCGGCUCAGAUCCUGUGUAGACUUCAAGCCCUAUGAAGGAGAGACCAGCUACAUCUCCUUCACUAAGCUCUCAGGAUGCUGGUCGUAUGUUGGUGAUGAUAAAGUGGGUCAGAAUGUGUCUAUUGGGGCAAGGUGUGACACUAAGUCCAUUGUGCAGCAUGAGCUCCUUCACGCUCUGGGAUUCUAUCACGAACAAUCUCGUUCAGACAGAGAUGACUAUGUUAAGAUCUGGUGGGACCAGAUUGAAGAAGGGAUGGAACACAACUUCAACAAGUAUGAAGAUGACUUCAUCACUGAUCUGAACACGCCCUAUGACUAUGAGUCCAUCAUGCACUACAGGCCACUGUCCUUCAACAAGAACGAGAGCAUUCCCACCAUCACUACCACCAUUGACUACUUCAACAACAUCAUUGGCCAGCGGCUGGACUUCAGUGCUGUAGACAUCACCAGGCUGAAUCGCAUGUAUGACUGUGCCAACACCCACACUCUGCUGGACCAGUGCUCAUUUGAGCUGAUUAACAUCUGUGGAAUGGUCCAGAGUAGCAUCGAUAAUGCCGACUGGGUCCAGACCUUGAGCUCUCCAAAUGACACUGAUCACACCCUUGUAGGGCGCUGCAGAGAUUCUGGUUACUUCAUGAAGUUUGACACGUCUUCUGGCGAACCUGGGAGCAGUGCUUUGCUGGAGUCACGUAUCCUCUACCCCAAGAGAGCCGAGCAGUGUCUGCAGUUCUUCUACAAGAUGAGCAGAGUAGCUGGAGACAAGCUGGUGUUAUGGGUCAGAAGUGAUGAUGGGACUGGAAAUGUUCACAUUAACAAAAAGAUCCAGACCAUUACAGGAGAUGGAGAUGAUGCCUGGAAAGUAGCCCAUGUGUCUCUCAAACUGAAGAACAAGUUCCGUUAUGUUUUCCAAGGAAUCAGGGGGUCACUCACCUCCUUGGGUGCCAUCUUAAUCGAUGACAUUACUCUGACUGAGACUGUUUGUCCCAAUGCCAUCUGGCAAAUCAAAAACUUCCCAAACCUUCUCAAUACCACAGCUCUGGGUAGUUCACUGACAAGCAAGUGCUUCUAUAACUCCGAGGGCUACUCAUUUGGCCUAAGGGUAUACCCAAACGGAAGGCUUCCUGGUUACCCAGAAUACUUAGCCAUUACCUUUCACCUCUGCAGCGGGGAAAAUGAUGCAGUAAUGGAGUGGCCAGCCAAAAACAGGCAAGUGACCAUCAUUGCCAUGGACCAGGAUCCUGACGCUAGACUGAGGAUGUCUUCUACCAGAAGCUUCACCACAGACGGUGACGCCAGCUGGAACAGACCAACAGCAACUUCAGGAGCAUUGUGGGAUGCCGACUGCAGCUGCUACCGUGGGAAGGACACAGGCUGGAGCACAUUCAUAUCUCACACUCAUCUAAAGAGCAGGAGCUUCCUCAAGAACAAUGACCUCAUCAUCACUGCUGACUUUAACGAUUUGACUCACCUGAUCAAGACUGAGGUUCCUGUGAAGCCAUCCACUCCAAAAAAAGACAUCACAGAUGAGGAGCCAGUCAGCGAAGUGCAAAUAGGACCAGAGGAGUCUAAACACAGAGUAGCUCGUGCUACCAACCUCUGCCAUCCAAACUACUGUCUGAAUGGUGGAGUGUGUGUUGAGAGUGAAGGGCAGGCCUCGUGCAGGUGUGCAUCAAGCCAAGCCUCCUACUACACUGGUGCAAGAUGUGAAAUCAUGAACUUUGACAGAAGCAUCCUAGGAGCACUGGUUGGUGGUGUUGCAGGGACUGUAAUUCUAACAGUGGCCAUCUUCACUGUCGUCAGACAAGCCCAGUGA